AUGUUUAGAAAGCCUAGCGACGUUCGCGGGAAGCAGCGUUUGUCAGGGGCGGACAGAAAGAAGCUUCGGCGAAACAUUCGAGACAAGUUUCCAGGCACCACUGACGAGCAGCUGGAGGCGAUCCUGCCGGCAAAGGCUGACGUGGCGGUGACGAGGCUGACGAAUCGCGUGCUGGUGUACGGACUCGAGAACGGGCUGCCUAUGCUCUUCGAUUGCAACUGCAGGGGCAACGAAAUAUAUCCCACUGUGUUUGCGCUGUGGCGUGUACCCGACCUGCUGCCAUCGUUCCUUCUCACGGGCGAGGACGUUUCCCGGAAUCUUCUUUCGGGGGCUGACCUUAUGGCGCCAGGCGUGGAGGUGCCUGUCGAAGGUUUGCCAGCGUUCCAACCAGGGGAGGUGUGGUCGGUGAAGGUUCCAGGAAACUCCUGCCCCAUUGCUGUGGGCAUCACAAUGUUGGGGAGUGAAGAGGUUAGCCAGGCAGGCAUGAGAGGGAAGCUUCUCAGAAUAACCCACUUUUACCGUGACUCGUUAUGGGAGUCUGCAAGAGGAUCAUAUGUGCCCAACAAGGGCUUCCUGCCAGAUAUGGUUGCGUCUGACCCUGAUGCACAGCCCACACUGUUUGAUGCAGCACCUGCUGUUGCACCUGAAGAUUCACCUGAAGGUUCACCUGAAGAUGACUCUGGUGCUGCUGCAGCUUGUGGAGGAGAGAGUGAGGGCGAAGAGUGCACACCUGCAGCAGCACCGUCAGCACUGACGCCGGCACAAAUGGAUGAGCUGUUGGAUCUCUGUCUGCUGCAAGCCCUCUCCGUCUCUGUCAAGCCCUCUCAGUCUCUGUCAAGCCCUCUCACCUGCCCCUCCCAACUAGCUCCCUCUGGUAAGCUGUCCAAUCACGUGCUGCCAUGUCGGCCGCCCGGCACCACAGUGGACAUCAAGAAGUCGUCUCACAAGAAGCUGAGCAAGUGGUUGCAUGUCAAGGCUGUUGACGGGCUAAUAUGCGGCAAGGAGGACAAGCACCGCAGGGAGUUCAUCAUCUCGGCUAUCAACCACCCAUGGCAUGUUCCCGCCUGUACCAUCCACCCCUCCCCGUUGCACCCAUCUACCCCCCUCACAGAUAUGCGGCAAGGAGGACAAGCACCGCAGGGAGUUCAUCAUCUCGUCUAUCAACCACCCAUGGCAUGUUCCCGCCUGUACCAUCCACCCCUCCCCGUUGCACCCAUCUACCCCCCUCACAGAUAUGCGGCAAGGAGGACAAGCACCGCAGGGAGUUCAUCAUCUCGUCUAUCAACCACCAUGACUGAUAAUGACACGUGUUUGCGCCUCUUCUUGUUGUCACGUACUGCAGGACAGGUGCUGCUGGUGAGGGAAGGAGAGGCGAAUUGGGCGGAAGGAGUACACAGGGGCAUAAAUCAGAGUGAGGAAGGGGGAGGUUGA